GGGAGGCCUGCCGAGCGCGGGAAGUUUUGGCGGGAGCGACUUGCAGCUGCUCUCCUCAGCCUCAGAGAACGGAGCCUCCUUCUCUCCCCUGAAACCGGGAAAGGGGCGGGGAGAGUGGGUGGGGAAGGGUCGGCCGUGAGCGAAGGCGGCCUCCGAGAGAGUUUCCCCCCGUUCGGGCUGCUCUGAAGCCGGAGACCGAAUGGAGGCCCAGGGGUCUCCGGGGACGGGAGCAGCAGCGGCCCUUCAGGCGGGGAGCGGCUGCGGCGGGGAGUCCGGCGAGGAACCCCGCAGCCCCGAGGUUGAGCGCUGGCGCUUCCGCAGCUGCGUCUCCCGGGAGGCGGAGGGGCCCCGGGCGCUUUGCAGCCGCCUGUACGGGCUGUGCCGGGGGUGGCUGCGGCCCGAGCGGAGCAGCAAAGCCGAGAUGCUGGACCUGGUGGUGCUGGAGCAGCUGCUGGCCCUGCUGCCCCCGGAGCUGGCGGGCUGGCUGAGGGAGUGCGCGGUGGAGAGCUGCGCCCAGGCGGUGGCCCUGGCCGAAGGCUGCCUCCUCGGCCCCGCAGCCGCCCAGGAAAAGCUGGCAAAGGGCCGGCAGUUGCAGAAGCCAUUCAUUGAGGAGAUCUCAGCAGAGCUCCAGGGAAGAGGAGAUCCAUCCAAUGAUUCUAAAGAGCUUCUUUUCAGGAGGAUCCAAUUGGGGCCACCUUGCCAGGACUCUGAUCCCUUUGAGGAGGUGGCUGUGGACUUCACAGAGGAGGAGUGGGCACUGCUGGAUUCUAGCCAGAAGGCCUUGUGCAGAGAAGUCAUGCUGGAGGUUACUAUGAAUAUGGCUGCUCUGGGUGAUGAUGAUGGGAUGGAGAAUGAGAAGCAUCUGAGGUUAUUUAAACUGCAAAGGGCAGUGUCUUCAAAGAGCCAAAGUGACUUCUGUACAAAACAUAAUCUGACUCACCAUCAGAGGAUCCACUCAAGCGAAAAAACAAAUAGUUGUGUGGAGCUUGGAAAGAGAUUAACUGAGAGUAGUGAUAUUACUUGCCAUCAAAGGAUUGAAACAGAGGACCGACCAUAUAAAUGCCUGGAGUGUGGAAACAGCUUUAUUGACAAAUGGCGCCUUACUUUCCACCUAAGGAUGCACAUGGCGGAAAGACCGUAUAAGUGCAUGGAGUGUCGAAAAAGCUUUCGUCAGAACUCAGAACUUAUUUCUCAUCAGAGAAUCCACACUGGGGAGAGACCAUAUAAAUGUUUGGAGUGUGGAAAAAGCUUCACUCAGAAAGGAACACUUAAUUCUCACAAAGGGAUCCACAUGCGAGAGAGACCAUAUAAAUGCCUAGAGUGUGGAAAGAGCUUUAUUGACAAAUGGCGCCUUACUUUCCACCUAAGGAUCCACAUGGCGGAAAGACCGUAUAAGUGCAUGGAGUGUCGAAAAAGCUUUCGUCAGAACUCAGAACUUACUUGUCAUCAGAGAAUCCACACUGGGGAGAGACCAUAUAAAUGCUUGGAGUGUGGAAAAAGCUUCACUCAGAAAGGAACACUUAAUUCUCACAAAAGGAUCCACAUGCGAGAGAGACCAUAUAAAUGCAUGGAGUGUGGAAAGAGCUUUUUUGACAACAGUGAUCUUACUCGACAUCAAAGGAUGCACACGGGGGAAAGACCGUAUAAAUGUGUGGAGUGUGGGAAAAGCUUUCGUCAGAAUACAGAACUUAUUUGUCAUCAGAGAAUCCACACUGGCGAGAGACCAUAUAAAUGCUUGGAGUGUGGAAAAAGCUUCACUCAGAAAGGAACACUUAAUUAUCACAAAAGGAUCCAUGUGCGAGAGAGACCAUAUAAAUGCAUGGAGUGUGGAAAGCAAUUUAUUCAGAAAGGUCAUCUUAUUACUCAUGAAAGAAUCCAUACAGGGAAGAGACCAUAUAAAUGCACAGAGUGUGGAGAAAGCUUUGCUCGGACAGGACAACUUAAUUCUCAUAAAAGGACCCACACAGAAGAGAGACCAUAUAAAUGCAUGUAGUGUGAAGAAAGCUCCAACAAUUUCAAUACAUUUACUCAUGCAGGAAUCCAAAGUGGGGAAAAUCCAUAUAAAUUCCAUAUAAAGAGCUUUGCUUGGAAAGGAUAACAUAAAUCUCAUAAAAUUAUGCCCACAGAAGAAACCAUAUACAUCUAUGGAAUGAGCUUCAUUCAAAACAAUCAAAUUACUCAUCAUCAAAGAAUCCAGAAAUGAGAAGGAAGCUGCUUAUUGCAUAGAACGUGCAAAGUUCUUUUGUUUGAUCUGGAAUGUUAUUCAUGGUCCUGUGAGGAUUCUCUGAUUUCCAAGGAGUGGACACAACAUAGCACAGCAUUAGCAACUCUGUACAGCGUGCUUCAUUCUGUCUCAUGCCUUCCCAGCAAUAGGCUAUUGCUCUUAACUCUACCCUUCUGGACCUUGCAAGCUGAGAUUGCCAUGCAAAUGCAUCUUUAAGACUGAGUCCUUAACUGAAACAAAAAUUUCAAAGUCUGUAAAGUGGUACGCAACCUUUGCUUCCUUCCAAACAUUCUUGCAUUGAGGGACUGCCUCGGUGCAUUUGCUCCAUUUUUUCUUGUCCAAUUUCCAAGCCCUGCUUUUAAGCAGUAUUGCCAAGCUGAGUUGUCAAGUCAACCUCCAGGCGGGAGUCCCACCAGAAUAUGUUACUUGCCGUAGUUUGUGGUGCUGGCGGUUGAGGGAUUGCUUGCUUGUAUUGCUUGUCAGUCACCAAAUAUGGCCUCCUGUUUCACCAUCUUCUUGUCCUUUUCUUAUCUCCUUUUCUCUUACAGCCCCACACAAGCUCUUUGCUCUUUCUUAGCCUUUGUUUCUGUAAAUUAAGGGCCUUGGUGAGGUGAGGUUGCUUCUGGAUUUCCACACAUUGUUGAAAACGCCAGCCGUGGCUCAAUUAGCCAAGAAUUGGAUCGCCAGUGUGGAUCCUUGGAAGUAAAGUGAGUGAAGGCAUGAGCCCAUCUCAGAUUUCUCGAGCUGUGCUGCGCCAUGGGGAAGAGGGGUGUCCUGGCUGCAACUGUUUUUCAAAGCACAGACAGCAAUUAUAGCUUUGCUUCCUCAAACAUCCAUGCAGGAAAAAAACUAUAAGCACCCGAAUAUAGAAAGAGCUGAAGGUAGAACUGUGGCCUGCCUAUUGAUGGGAUGACCCACACAGGAGUAUUGUCAUACAAACAUGGCUAAAUUACAUAGUGGGUAAUUCAAUGAGAGUUGUCUCAAUCAUUCUUCAUUUUCUGCACAUAUUUCGCAAAGUUAUCCAAGACACUUCAGAGAAAAGGGUUAGGAAUUCAGAUUGGAAGAAUUUUCAUCUUCUUUUCUCCCCAUUGUAUUAUCUGCUCCCUUCCUUUCCAUGCAGUGCCUUCCCAGAUUACUCAAUCCAUUCUUGAAGGGGUUCUGCAAUUUCCUGAAUAGAACAUACUCCCCAGAUGGGUUUGCCCAUUGGCUACACCAAAAUGUGGUUAGUAAUAGGCUAAAUCUUUAGAAAGUAUAUCUGGCUGUUUAAAUUGACAUUUCUGACUCUACAUUUACGGUACAUUGAAAAGCGAGCGUGAUAUUGGGAGGUAAAAGAGUUGCCUUGAACUGCAAGAUGACUGGCAUAUAAAUUGAAUGAAUGAAUGAAUGAAUGAACGAACAAACAAUUAUGUCUGAUGUAGAAAGGUAAGAUUUUUCCUGAACUCAAAGGAGUAAUUCACUAGAGCUGAAUGUGUAACAUUCUGGAUGGACAGAUCCUGUACCUGGUAUCUUGUAGUAGGUCAGGUUACACUAAAAAUGAGUUCAGUUAACUUCCAGCACCUGGCUAAUCAUAUCUUGAUAAGAUAAGAAGGAUCAGUUCUUGUUAGGGACUGAAUAGGAGACCACUGGGAUUUGCAAGACUGAAGGUCCAUAUUGCUAUCUGAGGAGGAGAGACAGGCUGAAAGCUGUAGGAGUCCAUUUUGGACUCUGUAUUCUUUUCCUUAGACACAUUCCUAUCCUUCAUAGUGCUACUAAUUUAUCUGUAUCAUCUUCUUUUUUAUUGCUGCUUAUGUUUAUAUUAUGUGCAGCUAAAAGUAUUUAAUUGGCUUUGUUCAAUAAAUUAUUUCAAGUUU